AUGGAGCAGUGGCCCGACGGCGCCAAAUACGAAGGGCAGUACCUCGCGGGCAAGAAGAGCGGCAAAGGCAUCUUCACCUGGGCAGACGGAAGCGUUUAUGAAGGAGAGUUUCGCGGAAACGACAUAGAAGGGUUUGGGGUUUACCGCUGGGCCGACGGCCGCCAGUACGAAGGCCAGUGGCUGCGGAACCGCAUGCACGGCCAGGGGCGUUUUCGCUGGGCGGACGGGAGGGUUUACGAGGGGCAGUACCGCCACGACCAGAAGCACGGAAAGGCGAGGGGGACCUUCUUUUGGCCGGACGGGCGGCGGUACGUGGGCAGCUGGCAGCAGGGGAAGCAGCACGGCUGUGGGGUUUAUAUAACAGCAGCAGCAGAGCAGCGCGUGGGGGAGUGGGAGGAGGGCCGCCGCAUUCGCUGGCUCAAGGAGCAGCCGCAGGAGCUGCAGCAGCAGCAGCAGGAGCUGCAGCAGCAGGAGCAGCAGCAGCAGCAGCAGCAGCAGCAGCAGGAGCCCGCCUCGCAGCAGCAGGAGAGCACUGCCUAG